UUACAAGAGGGCUUUUCGUAGCAGACGAAAACUAUGAUUUCAAAUCAAAUUGUUGCUUUUUAUCAGUUAUCUUCAAAAGUAUUUCUUGCCUCCACAAAAUUCCAGAACAAAAAAUAUGUCGGCAAUGAGAAUUUGUAAAUGUUAGUUUUCUCACGUUUUGACUGCAAUUGAAAAUGAGCAAAAAACAGCAAACGUUAUUCCAGUCUUGGCAAAAUGGCACUAAAACCACAGAACCUAGUUUGUCGAGAAAAACAACGUCAAAUGAAGAUUUGAUGGUGAUCGACAGUGACGAAGAUGAUGAUUUAUUACGAAAGGCUCUUGAAGAAAGUCUUCGAGACUAUGAAUCAAACUGUAAAACAAACGUUCCGUCGCUAUCACAUUCAUUAUCAACUUCUGGAUAUUCAACAGAAACACCUACAUCGACUCUUGAAGAGCAUUUACCAGGAUUUGAUAUUGCUUCAGGAAAUACAUGGUUUUACCCAACUAAUAAACCAAUAAGAAAAUAUCAGAGAGACAUUGUUGAAACAAGUUUGUUUCACAAUACUUUGGUCACUUUGCCAACUGGAUUGGGUAAAACCUUUAUAGCAGCUGUAGUUAUGUACAACUUUUUCAGAUGGUAUCCUAGGGGCAAAAUUAUUUUUAUGGCCCCUACCAAACCAUUAGUUGCUCAGCAAAUCCAAGCUUGUUAUGAAAUUAUGGGGAUCCCUCUAGAUGCUACAAGUGAGAUGACUGGAGCCAUGAGUCCAGCGGAUAGGAAAAAACAAUGGCAGGAGAAACGUGUAUUUUUUCUUACGCCUCAAAUUCUUACCAACGACAUCAGCCGUGCCGCUUGUCCGGCCAAUGAAGUCAAAUGUUUGGUCCUCGACGAGGCCCAUAAAGCAUUGGGGAACUACGCUUAUGUUCAAGUAGUUCAAGAACUGUGCAAACAUGGGGCUAUUUUCCGGAUACUGGCGUUAAGUGCAACACCAGGUAGCGAUUUAAAAGCUAUUCAACAGGUGAUUGUUAAUUUACGCAUCUCAAAAAUAGAAGUACGUAACGAAGACUCCCCUGAUAUAGUGCCUUAUUGUCACAGCAGAAAGAUCGACAAAGUGGUGGUGCCCUUAGGACCCGAGAUCACCCAAGUGCGUGAUGCAUUCCUCAACAUAUUUGGCGUGUGUGCUCGGCGUUUGAUGGAAGCAGGCGUUCUAUUCUCGAAAGACAUUGGUUCUCUAACCAAGUAUAUGCUACUACAAUCCCGUGACAAAUUCCGUCAGAAUCCGCCCGACAAUUUUCCUCGUAAUCGCUCCGGAAUGAUAGAAGGAGAUUUCGCCCUCUGCAUUACUCUGACACAUGCUCUAGAACUUCUCCUACAACACGGCAUUCGUGGAUUCUAUAACUUUUUAGCUGGAAAGACGGACGUAGUUGAUGGCGAAACGGGUCACAAUCGAACCCGUACGGAGUUGCUUAAAGUGAAUGGGUUCAGCCAAAUGAUGGAGGAUCUCAAGUCUAAAUUUGGCAAUGGCUGCCAAGUGGGCUCUGCUGUCAGUCACCCAAAAUUGACGAAAUUAAAAGAAAUUGUUUUAGAGCAUUUCCAGCAGGCUGAAAAAGAGAACAGGCAGACCCGCGUGAUGAUUUUUAGUCAAUACCGUGACUCGGUUAAUGAAAUCGUGGCACUUCUUGAAGAGUACGCCCCUUUAAUUAAAGCCAUGAACUUUGUCGGCCACGGUAACAACACAACUGGUGUUAAAACUAAAGGAUUCACGCAAGCUGAUCAGAUUCGCGUCAUCAAACAGUUCACCGAAGGUAACUACAAUACCCUAGUAUCAACAUGCGUCGGUGAAGAAGGACUGGACAUAGGCGAUGUUGACAUGAUCAUCUGCUAUGACGUUCACAAAUCUCCUGUACGACUUGUCCAGAGAUGUGGUCGCACAGGUAGAAAGCGUGACGGACGAAUUGUCAUGUUAAUGACAGAAGGUAAAGAAGAGCAUGUGCACAAUCAAAGCGUGUACCAGAAGAAAAAUCUCCUCAAAAAUAUCGCUGAUAAUCCAAAGUUAAAAGAAUUUCUUUUAAGUCAAGAACCACGUCUUAUUCCAAGGCAUCUUUCGCCUAAGUGCCAUGAAAUGCCUAUGCAUGUCACGACCGCUUUCCCACCACCAACGAGCCGUCCACGAAAGUCUAACGUUCCUUCGGCUAGCAGCAAUGUAGUCGCCGGUCGAAAAUCCAAGACAACCAAGUGCUACUACUUAUCGGACACUGAAAUGGACUACUGGGCGCAGAACUUCCAAACCAAUCAACCCGUGCCGGUCCUCCCAGAAUUAAAUGCAAAUGAUUCUAACAACGAUGGGCUAGAUGGCAAACCGAAACUGAGUCUGGACAAGUGGCUGCCAUGGCAAUGCACCCUUCAGCCCUAUCACACGGUCGGCCAUUCGACGCUUACGAAACAUUAUGUCAACAUUCUUGAGCACAUCCAAUCACACCGGGAGAAUUCACACGAAAAUCAUCAACAGCAAUUACAGAUGGACACAUCAGAAAUUGGUGCCAACGCCAUUUCAUCUCCCCCACUAGAUAAUAGAUCCGACGUUCUCUCUCCAAACAUCGGACAGACGUUUUCGCGAACUCCACAAGCUCUGAGUUCGACAGUACAUCAUUCUGGACUUUACAGCCAAGAUUUCCUUGAUUUAUUUCAAAGAGUCCCCGUCGGAAUCGAUUGCGUAGAUAUCCCUAGUCCUCCUCCAUUUUGCUUUGACGUGUCAACGGAGACGUCAACGUUAGGAACGACUUCCUUCUCGAAACCGUAUCGUAAACCCUUCGAAAUACUUCCAGAUCUGUCUGCCCCAGUUUCGAAGAAAUCUACGGUCAACCAUAUCUGGGCGAAAGGUAUGUCAUCAGAUCGAUCGCAGUGGCAAACUGUACAGAUAAACGCUUCAAUUAAUGACAUAACAGCUGCACGAUUGCCUUUCGUGGCUCCUUUUGCGUCUACCAAUUCCGUUCGCAAGCCCGCUGAAGCUUGUCGUACCUACAUGGAGUCGAACGUGAAUGAAACAAUCGCGAUGCAAACGCCACCUAAAUCUGAGCUUGAAACCUCUACUUUCUGUUUGGAACCAUCACCUAUUUUGUCUCAACGUCGGAAGAAAGGGCCAGUCAAACGGUCAUUAGAGUGGGCUGCAGCUGCACCGGCCAAACGACUCAGAAUGGAUGGGAAUGCUAAUGAGCAUGAUUGGCAACGAAAUCAAGUCGAGGUUGUGAAGAACAGGGUUACAGAAGAAGAAAAGCCGGACGUACCCAAAAUCUCGGUUCAUGAUCAAAGUGUCUUAUCAGUCACACAGAUCGUAGAUCUGUUUCACACAUAUGAUGAACCUGCAAACGAAGCAAACGCGACGAAGAACAUACUCCCGAAUUUCGAGUUGGAAGUGGAUUUUCUCGAUAGCUUUUCACCUUUACCCGAUUCUCCGAAGUCUGUUAAACAGGAGGUUACCACCACUGCUCUUAUCACACCACUAAAAACAAAGCAAGGCCCUUCGCUUCUCACGGAAUCCCCCGUUUUCGAUUUCUUGGAAAACACUCCCUCUCCGUCACCAGCUCGGCCAAAAUCAAAAGUGUCAAUCCAGUUAGGCGUCACGUCGGAGUUUAAAGUCCAAAACAGGAAACCUUCUGUGGUGCCUGAGGUGAACUUUUCCCUAGAUUUCCCCGACAGUUGGGAUGACGAAGAUGUGCUGGCACCGUCGCCUGUGCCACCACCUGCCCAACCGAAAGUAAAGCUCCAACAGCCAACGAAGCCCGUGCCCGCCUCAGUGCACGUUCAACUGUCACCACUAAAUAGAACGGUAACAAUUGACUUGAAAUCGGCCUGGGACAAAGGUUUCGAGUUGAAUUUGAGUGACUUGGAAGACAUUGAAUUGGUGGAGCAAGCUUACGAGAAACAAAGGACCGCAACGAAAACGGGUAAUCUGAUUACUGAACCAAAGAUCGAAAAUACUAAAACCGUAACAAACAACAAUGAUCCUCAGAAGAUCAUGCCAGCACCCAAUGUUAAAGACUCUAGCGGUAUCCGUCGAGAGCUCGAUGAUAUUUUCGGUCCAGAAAUCGAUGACGAUUCGAUAGAGGUCGUUGAGAAACCACCGCCUGUCAAACCGGUUAAACCGCCCGUCUUUAUUAUUGAAUCCGAUGAGGACGUCGUUGAAGCUACUCCGCCUAAACAAAUACCUGACAUUUCUGAAAUCACUCCACUGAGACCCAUCAAUGAGCGCAUAACGACAAUGACAAGUGAUGAAGACUCGCCCUUGGUUUGCCGAAAGCUAAACUCCAAGCGAAAUCCCCUCAUGACGCAGUCAACUCCCGUUGCUCAGAAAACGGAAUCAUCCUUUCGACCUAAGCCAUUGAUCAAGCAAAGUAAACAAGCAGCCUGUGCUUUCCUGGAUGAGGAAGCUGAACUCUCACUUGUCGAGGGCUCCUGUUCUGGUGAUGAACUUGAGGAGACAAAUAACGGCGAUGGGUACGAGGGCAGCUUCGUCGACGACCUAGGAACCCAAGCCGUUAAUGAAACGAUGAGAGCAGUUUACUUGGAAAGCGUAAAGAGUCCUGUGGCGCAACAGGGUUUUGUCUUCCGCCAGCCGGCCAGGCAAAUGAAUCGCAGUGAGAUAUUCUCACAGGCUGUCGUCGAACAGGAUUCUGAAUAUGCGUUUGAUUCGUUUUGCGUCGACAGCGAUGAUGCAGAAAAACUAGAAAAGACGACCAAGGACAAGUCGCCUUUGACGCAAUUGCCAACUCGAGCCGCUCGAAUACGAGCCCAAAGAAUUCAAUUGAAUAGGCAACGUUCCACUUCGGCCGUUGUCCGACCACGCAAGAGAAUCGCUUAUGUGGAUUCGUCCUCGGAUGAGAGUGAUGCUGGUCCUCCACCAAAGAAAUCGAUCAAAUCCGAAACGUCAGUCGCCCCGCAGAGAACCACACUCGGAUUGAAUUCAGCCACUAACAAAGGGCCACCGAAUCGGGUUGAACUUCCAACAAAGCCGGAGGAUAAAAAGGACACUUUCCGUCGAGCCAUUAACGAGACUAGUAUGGUUCCGGCUACCGAUCGAGCCGUAUUUCUACCAACAGCCGGAAGCAGCGGGGCUAUAAUGAAAAAUCCUAUUAGAGUUGAGAGCAGUAGCAGCGCCAGCUGUAGUAGUGUCAGUUCUAGCAGCGUCACUAGUAGCAUUGCCUCCAAUCCUGUCCCUCUUUCGCCUCCUCGAACGUUGCUCAUUAGCUCGAGACAGGUAGCUACGACCACCCAAAUCAUUUCUACCUUGCAAGUGAAACACCGUUGUGCCACGCAUGUUUGCUCUUUCGAUGUGGCUGAUUUCGUUCUUAGUUCCCAACUUGGCGUCGUCCGCAAAUUGCAUUCCGAAUUCACCAAUGGAGCGAGCCGAUGCCGAUUACAAGAUCUGGUCCGCCGCCUGAUGGCGUUGUACGACAAGCCUUAUUUGAUUGUGGAAGCGGAUCGGUCGGCAGCGAGAGAUCCGCGGUUCAACAACGGUUGCCCGCUACCCGACGCAUCAUCCGUCAUCUUCAAACCGAAUACGCCUUACUAUUUGCAAACGCUAGCUACACUGGCCCAGACAGAUCUGUCCGUCUUGUAUAGCGACUCGCAAGAACAUACUGCCCGUUUGUUGAACGACCUGGGUCGUCAGGAAUCACUCAGAGAAUUGUCUCUUCCGAGAAUAGAAAAUCUAAACUCGAAACAGAAUGAUAUUUUAAAGUUUCUUCAACGCAUCCCCGAGAUCAAUCCGGCAGUGGCGGUGCUUAUGGCCACGCAGUUCAAAUCCCUUCGCGAGAUCUUAUGCAGUUCCGUCGAAGUGCUUACCCAGCGUUGUAAAAUCACUGCCGGUAAAGCUCGGAAUAUCGCCCAAGCCUUUCGAGUCAACCAGGCACCGUCUAGAUGAUGGCUGGAUCGUGCCGCAGUAGCCUUAAACUAUACCCGAAAUUAUUAAAUAUUGCUGUGAUAUAUGUAGUAUUCUUCAUCGGCUGUUACUUUAUAAACAUGGGUAUGUGUUGGUUGCUACGUUUACCUACAAAAUGCGUUUUUUACGUGGAAACUUCGAAUUUUAAUGAUGGGAAGAAUGAAGUCAUUAAUUGUCUUAUUAUUACUACUAUUAUUAAUUUGUAUUUUUAUUAAAUUUUUUUUUUUGUUUCGGCAAUUUUUUGUGAUUCUCUUGAUACGAUAGUCGCAUCUCAUCAGGCGGAUCACGCGUGAAAGCAUUUCAAUACAUCCACAUUUACGUGU